AUGGCCUCAACAUCCUCCUCUUCCACAGCGGUCGCCUCCGAAAGCGAGCGAGCUCAAACAGAAGCCCGCGCAGCAGUCAUGGCCUCUCUGCAAUCCGCAGGGUCCAACCAUGACGGCCAAUUUCAACGCAGAGCUGCGGAUCUUCACGCCAACGCUGCGGCCAUAGCAAAGCAGGAGGCCGAGGUCAAGAAGCAGUCAGCAGCACUUGCCAAGGAGAGCGCGAAAUGGCAGAAGGAACUUGACAUGGCCACCCGAGGUGUUAACGAGAUUGGUGAUGUGCAGAAUUGGGCGGAGAUGAUGGAGCGGGACUUGCUGGUAUUGGAGGAGACGCUCAGGCUGGCGGAAGGUGGCGAGGGACUGGAGAGUGCGAGUGGUGGGAGUGCGUGGCGAUUGUGA